AUGCAUUCAGGCCUCUCUGGAAAGACGCAAUUGUUGUUUGCCCUGGUCUUCACAACACGCUAUUUGGACCUCUUCGUCUAUACAGUCUCCUACUAUAAUUCACUCAUGAAGGUCGCUUUCAUCGUUCUCUCGUACUUCACCGUGUACAGCAUGUAUGUGAAAUUCAAGACAACUUUCAAUCGUGAACAGGACACCCUUAGCAUGCUCUAUCUCGUCAUACCAGCGGCUGUUCUCGCUCUUCUCAUAAAUCACCGCUUCAACUUUUUAGAAGUUUUGUGGACGUUCUCAAUUUAUCUCGAGGCCGUCGCCAUUCUCCCUCAGCUCUACAUGAUCUCCAGUACCGGCGAGGCUGAAACUAUAACUUCGCAUUAUCUCUUUGCCCUUGGUCUCUACCGGGCCCUGUAUAUUGUUAAUUGGGUCUACCGCUUUGUGAAUGAGGACACCUAUGACCUUAUUGCCAUCGUUGCGGGUUCUGUACAGACCAUCCUCUAUCUGGACUUCUUUUAUCUCUACGUUACAAGAGGUUAG